CCUCCGCUCGUUGCUCCUCUCCCUCUCUCUCCCCGUUCUUAUAAUUCCGGGGAAAGGUCCUCUUUCUUUCCUCUGUUUUCCGAUUGUCGCAUGUCUCUUGAUCCUCCGUGAUCAAUUUCCUCGACGUACUUGCUUGCUAUCUUACUCCCGACCACUGCCAUUCCCACCAUCAUGAUGUUGGGUCGUUGCGCACGACAGGCCUCGCGCCUGCUCCCGCGCACGGCGAAGCCCGGUCUCGUGCUUCCUCGGUCUACGCGCUCGGCCGUGGCCUCUUUUCCUUCGUUGCCUGCGCAAUCUCGCUCCGUUUCCUCCUCUAGCCCCGAGGUGCAGCAAAAUUUGCUUUCCGCCCAUCUCGAGGAGUCCGACCCCGCCAUCUACAACAUUCUUCAGAAGGAGAAAAAACGCCAACAACAUUUCAUCAACCUCAUUCCCUCCGAGAACUUCACCUCUCAAGCCGUCCUCGAUGCCUUGGGCAGUGUUAUGCAGAACAAAUACUCCGAGGGCUAUCCUGGAGCUCGUUACUACGGUGGCAAUGAAUUCAUCGAUCAGUCCGAGCGCCUGUGUCAGCAACGAGCGCUGGAGACUUUCGGUCUCAACCCCGAGGAAUGGGGCGUGAAUGUGCAGCCCCUGUCCGGAUCCCCUGCUAAUCUGUACGCCAUUUCCGCCGUCUUGAACACACACGACCGUUUGAUGGGUCUGGAUCUGCCUCACGGCGGCCAUCUGUCUCACGGCUACCAGACCCCUACCAAGAAGAUCUCUUUCAUUUCCAAAUACUUCGAGACGUUGCCCUAUCGGCUGGACGAGUCGACGGGUCUCAUCGACUAUGAGGCUCUCGAGAAGCAGGCUCUCCUCUACCGCCCCAAGAUGAUCAUCGCCGGUACCUCCGCUUACAGCCGUUUGAUCGACUACUCCCGCAUGCGUGAGAUCGCCGAUGCGGCCGGCGCUUAUCUGCUCAGCGACAUGGCGCACAUCUCCGGCCUGGUCGCCGCUGGCGUCGUCCCCUCCCCAUUCACUCACUCCGACAUUGUGACGACGACGACACACAAGUCCCUGCGUGGUCCGCGCGGUGCGAUGAUCUUCUUCCGCAAGGGUGUCCGCCGGACGGACAAGAAGGGCAACAAGGAGAUGUACGACCUUGAGGGCCCGAUCAACGCCUCCGUCUUCCCCGGCCACCAGGGCGGGCCCCACAACCACACGAUUACCGCCCUGGCCGUGGCGCUGAAGCAGGCGCAGUCUCCCGAAUUCAAGACCUACCAGCAGACCGUGCUAUCGAACGCACAGGCUCUGUCGGAGCGGCUGGGCUCGCCGCUCAGCAGCGGCGGACUGGGCUACAACAUCGUGUCCGGCGGCACCGAUAACCAUCUGGUGCUGGUAGACCUCAAGAACCGGGGCGUGGACGGCGCGCGGGUGGAGCGGGUACUAGAGCUCUGCGGUGUCGCCAGCAACAAGAACACGGUACCCGGCGACCGGUCGGCGUUGAAGCCCGGUGGCUUGCGUCUGGGCACUCCCGCCAUGACGACGCGGGGCUUCCAGCCGGAGGAUUUCCGUCGGGUGGCGGACAUCGUCGACCGGGCGGUGAUCAUCACACAGAAGCUGGACAAGGCGGCUAAGGAGAGUGCGACGGCCAAGGGCGUCAAGAACCCCAACACGGUCAAGGCCUUCCUGGACUAUGUGGGCGAGGGCGAGGAGAUCUCGGAGAUUGUUCAACUGCGCCAGGAGGUCGAGGACUGGGCGGGCACGUUUAGUCUCCCCUGGGCUAAGGAUGAGUAAUUUUGUUUUUCUUUUUUUUUUUGGUUAAUAAUUUCUUAAUGUCCUCCGCGCCGCAUGUCUGUGAAGAUCCCAUAUCCCCAUUAGAUGAAUGAAUAUUGAUGUCC